UGGAUACAAAGUUUGCUAACUAUAGCUCUUUGUCAACUUACUCUUAUUGAGUAAUAACCACCACUAUGCCUACAGUUCAUUUGCUUGACUAUGUCGCUGGCAACGUUCGGUCCUUGGUCAAUGCCAUUAAUCAAGUCGGGUACGAGGUCGAAUGGGUUAGGUCACCUCAAGAUCUCAAAAAUGCAGAGAAAUUAAUCUUGCCGGGAGUAGGUCAUUUUGGCCAUUGCCUGUCUCAGCUAUCGGAGGGGGGUUACCUGGAUCCAGUGAGGGAGCACAUAAAGUCAGGGAAACCUUUCAUGGGAAUCUGCGUCGGGUUGCAGGCGCUUUUCGAGGGAUCCGAGGAAAACCCCGCUGUUCCGGGGUUGGGGAUGAUUCCAAUGCACAUGAAAAGGUUCAGUGCCGACACAAAAAGUGUGCCUCACAUAGGCUGGAACUCUGCCAUCAAAACCAAUGUUGAACCUUCGCAGGAUGAAAGCUUCAACGGGCUGAGUGCCAACAGCAAGUAUUACUAUGUUCAUUCUUAUGCGGCCAUUUACGAACCCGGUGUCCUCGAGCGAGACGGCUGGUCGGUAGCCACGGCAACCUAUGGCGAAGAAGAAUUCAUCGGUGCCAUUGCGCGAGGGAAUGUUUUCGCGACACAAUUUCACCCGGAAAAAAGUGGACAGGCUGGAUUGCGCACCAUCCGUGCUUUCCUCGACGGUGGUGGGCUUUUGAAAUCCACGGGAGCACCGGCGCCGAGGAGAGAGAACGAUGGGUUGACCCGCAGAAUCAUAGCUUGUCUGGAUGUUCGCACCAACGAUGACGGUGACUUGGUGGUCACCAAAGGUGACCAAUACGAUGUUCGCGAAAAGAGUGGCGCAGAGGAGGCUGGAGGCAAUGUAAGGAACUUGGGCAAGCCCGUCGAAAUGGCCCAAAAGUAUUACAACCAAGGAGCGGAUGAAGUCACUUUCCUGAACAUCACUUCGUUCCGGAAUUGUCCGCUGGCCGACACUCCCAUGCUUGAAAUUUUGAGACGAGCUUCAGAAACUGUUUUUGUGCCCCUGACCAUUGGCGGUGGCAUCAAGGAUACCGUGGAUACAGAUGGCACCCACAUACCGGCCCUUGAUGUAGCCACCAUGUACUUCAAGUCGGGGGCUGACAAAGUUAGCGUUGGGUCAGAUUCUGUCAUUGCAGCCGAGGAGUUCUAUGAGGCCGGUGAAGUCUUGUCCGGAACCACAGCCAUAGAGACGAUAUCAAAGGCCUAUGGAAACCAAGCUGUGGUUGUGAGCGUCGACCCAAAACGCGUCUAUGUCGAUUCACCCGAAGACACCCACCACCACACUAUUCAAACGCAGUAUCCAAACGAGGCCGGCCAGAAGUUCUGCUGGUAUCAGUGCACCAUUAAGGGUGGUCGAGAGACCAGGGAUAUCGAUGUCUGGCAAUUAGCCAGGGCCGUCGAAAAGAUGGGCGCCGGAGAAAUUCUCCUGAAUUGUAUUGACAAAGACGGGAGCAACAGUGGGUUUGAUCUUGAACUGAUCAACGAUGUCAAGGCUGCCAUCAAAAUCCCAGUUAUUGCCUCGAGCGGGGCAGGUAAGCCUGAGCAUUUCGCAGAGGUGUUUGCAUCCACAACAACCGAUGCGGCUCUGGGUGCCGGCAUGUUCCACCGCGGCGAAUACACUGUCGCCCAAGUGAAAGAUUACCUGGGUGAAAAUGGGUUUUUGGUUCGGAGACCUGACACUGGUGUAUAGAGUCUCUGGGCACGAAACACUCCUACCAAACUACUAUCAUUCUCUCGCUUAUAGAACGACGUUCUUGUUUUGCAAAUGGUGCCGGAAUUUUCAUGGGGGCCUUGUUAUUAGACACCUAUAUCGCCGUUGCAUUCUUGUCAAAUGGAAGACACGGCCACCACCCCAGGGGGGAUUAAGGUGUUGUUCCAAUCAUCAAGCCCGGCGGAUGGGCUACGUGGUAUAGAUAUAUUAGACUGGACGAGACAAAAAUAAUAGAAUCACUCAUGUAAAUCAAGAGAACAAUUU